UGUAUACGCAUGAAAUGAAUUGAUUUAUUGAUGUUCCCAAGGAAAAGCUGGUAAAUUAUCUACAUAUCUUAGAAGCCCUACAACAGAUUACCUAGUUUAUUUAGAAACACGGACUGUUUAGGGGUUUCUUCAUUUCACAGUUCUACGAAAAAAACAGAAGCAGGAAGUCGGAAUUCAAAAUAACUCUUUCUAGAUUGAGCGUAAAAUAAUCAUAAGUGGUUUUUUUUUUCGAAUUUAAUUCCGAAAUGGAUAAUGAUGUAAUGAAUGACGCAAAUACGAGAGAUUUGAAUGAUGCCAUUGAUAGCAUUCAGGAUUCUCCAUCCUACUCUAUUCACGGAUUGUUGAACAGUUUAGCUCCAAAUGAUAAAGAUCUUAAUACGCAAGAAAAAUACGGUUUUACAGACCAUCUUCAAGGUUACAACUCCAACGAUGAAGCCAACUCGCCACCAAAUAUCUCUUCUACUUCCAAAAGAAAACAACGUCGCUACAGGACAACUUUCACCAACUUCCAACUGGAAGAACUAGAAAGGGCUUUCCACAAAACCCACUACCCCGAUGUGUUCUUUCGGGAGGAACUGGCAAUGAGGAUCGAUUUAACGGAGGCAAGAGUGCAGGUCUGGUUUCAGAACCGAAGGGCCAAGUGGAGGAAGAACGAAAAAAUAAUUGGUAAAGGCGUGGACAUGCAGAAAAAUCUGAAUAUAGCUUCGUCUCCGGUAGGCAGUCCUCUGCUAAAUUUCAUGCCAACCUGCGAUCAACCGACUUCUUCCAACAUAUUCCUCGGUCUAGACUGGCCAAACGUAAUGCAAUCUCUACCAUUUUCGAAUAAUCCGCCAAUACCCACGGAAGAUCACCACGCUUCCAACGAUCACUGUCAGAUGGAGCCACAGCUUCAAGACAGACUACAAGAAACGAUGUUGAUUGCUGACCGAAUAACCAACUCUUUGCAUCAUGGGGAAAUGAUGGAAGACUCCAUGUUGUUACAGGACGAUUUAGAUCAACGCAUCGAAAAUCUGGGGGUUAUGACCGAUGCGCAUUGCGAUAUUUCCAUAGAUCCGGAGCUGUUAACUUUGAAACCUCCGAGGCAUAUGAGGAACAACGAGAAUUGAGGGGGGGAAACAAUAAGAAGGCAUUAAAGAUAGGGUCUUAUUUAAUAUUUGCAUUUAUUUACAAAAGUAUCAAUUUCACAACAAAAGUUUCAAAUCAGUUUUUGUAUUCAACAGAUUGCGACAAAAAUGUCUGAUUUCGUUAGGAUUCUUCGUUAUCAUCAAACAUGUACGAUUUUAUUAACAAUAAGAUAAGUCCAUAUAAUAUGGGUGGUAUCCCAAGCAUGUAUAUCUUCGAGUUUUCCAAUAGGAAGUUCCCAUUUUGAGUCAUAUACACUCAUUUAGUUACUCGAUGAAUCAAAAUAGACUUUUCCGGUGGAAAACUCUUGUUCUAGCUUAUCUUGUAUAUAUUCUCAAAUAUUCCGAACCAUCUUAUCGUUAGAAUUUGAGGAGGUUCAUUUUUGGUACCUGAUGUUUCUUCAUUAACAUAAAAAAAGA